AUGGGUAGUUUUCAAGAUUCUAAUAUUUUUCUUCACUUUAAAAUGGUAAGUGGAUCUAAGGCUAAUGAAUUAAAAGAAAUUCUAAAAAGUAACAAUAUUGUUCAAGUCAUUAAAGAUAGUUGUAAGAAAUUUAAUCUUGUAAAACAUGAAGGAAAAGAUUUAAUUGAAAAGUAUAAAGUUAAGAUAAAUGAAAAUUUGGAUGAAAAUAUAAAUACAUCUUUUAUUGAUAAACCAAAAGAUUUUAAAAAUUUUAAUUUUGGUGAAUUUGGAAAAUCAUUGAAUGCUUCAUUCUGUAAAAACGGAAACAUUCUUGGUAAAUCAUUAAAAGAUGAAUGUUUAAGAAAAUCUAAAAGUAAUGUUUACAAUACAUGUGACACUGAAAAAGAAAUAGAUUUUGAUUCAUUUGGAAUGGUUAAUUAUACUAGAGAUUCUAAUGAUGUAUCAAAUUAUAGUUUUUAUAAUUUGUAUCCAUGUAGGGAGGAGAAGGGGGAUGUUGAUGUAUUGAUAGAAGAGUUAAAUAAAAUUAACAAGAAUGAUACAUUUAGCAAUCAUUUUGAUUCCACAAUUGAUCUCCCACCAAAUGGAAAUACUAAUUUGAUAAAAAAAGAAAUGAUUAAUUUUGUUAUUACAAAUUUUAUCAAUGAAAAUGAAAUAUAUAUACUUUGUAAUGAGGAAUUAGAAUUAUAUUUAAAAAAUUAUGACAUUAUCAAAAAAUACGAUAUUAAAAAACUUAAAGAGAUCAAGAUAGAAGAUGUCUUACCAUUUAACAUUUAUCUAAUUGAUUAUGAAGGAGAAAGAUAUAUAGUAAGGCUUGACAUUAAUUUUCUAGAUAUAGAUAGAAAAAUUUUCCUAAAUAAUGAAACAAAACUUUCUUUUGAAUAUAAUAAAAAGAUGAAAAUAUAUGAAUAUCCUCAUGAAAUUCUACUCCUUCCUAACAUAAAUUCAAAAAAAGUUUCUUUAUCAAAAUCAUUUUGUGAUUAUUAUCAACAUUUGGAUAUUUAUGAUAAAAAGACUGCAAUUGACUAUCUCAAAAGUAUGAUUCCACCAUUUAAAAAGUUUAUCAAUAUUCUUGGAAUGAUUGAAAUAGGUAAUGCAAAUAAUAAACAAAUUUUAAACAUGUCAAUACUAGAUGGAGAUAAUAUCAGUGAAAAAUUUCAAAGAUAUUGUAGAGAGUUGUAUAGUAAAGAAAAAAAUAAUUUUACUAAAAAUUAA